AAAUGUAUUGUUCAAAACAAUUUGGGUCUGUCCACAAAACACAUAUUUGUCAAAUUACAAAUGCAACACAAACAAUGACUUAAAUUUGACGUGUGACUGGUAUGCAAGUUUUGGGAGUGGCUGUGUUGUGUGCAAAGACGGGUAUUAUCGUGUUGGACUUGACUGUUUUGAAUGUGAUUUGAAAUGUGAAAAGUGUCUUAAUUCAAAUAGUUGUUUCACCUGCAAUUCAACAAAUUACACAACUAAAGGCGGUGACUGUCUGCCACAAAGUGAAAUUUUGUGUUGGCGUAUCACAUGUUUCAAAAUGCAAAGAAAUUACAAAUUCAAAAUGUUCAAAAUGUCAUUUUGGUACACUUCAAAUAAAGACGGCACAAUGUGUAGGUCGCAAACUGUUUGGUGGGUCAUUCUUAUUGUUGUCGUGUUUGUAGUCAUUGUGUUAUUUGUUUUGAUCGUGACAAUUAUAAUUGUUACAAAGAUCAUUCUCAACAAAUUCCACACACAUAAAAUUGAGAAAACAACAACACUUUUUGCAAUGAACAAAUCCAAUAUCAACUUUGUUCCUCUCCAAGGCGGUGUCUGUGUAUCGUCAAAUGUGAUCGACUUGAAUUCAGACAUCGAGCAAAUUGAAGUUAACAAAGAGACUCGGCAGGUGUUGUGUGUUGGAAAUACAAAUAAAACUGCCACCAAAAUACAGUUCACGAUUGCAUCAAACAUCACAAAGUUUACAAUUCGUGUUGAUCCAGAAGUUGUCACACUUGAAAGCGGGUUUGCAUGUGAAUUUUCUGUAUAUGUCAAGCCGUUGUGUUCGUGUAAAAUCAACAACACAAUUCAAAUGAUUUCUAAAAAUUUCAAAACGAACAAAGAGAAAUACAACGAAAUCUCAAUUGUUGGUGUGACACAACAAUCAACUCGAAUUGAUUAUGACGAGUUGACAGAGAUGAAAACU